AUGCGCUACUUGAAGAUGUCAAAGGAUUUAAAGAUUCAUCUGGGCGGCGAUGUAUCGGCUUCCAAGGACAUGCAAGUUGAGUGCUGGAGCGACGCAGACUUUGCGGCGGACAAAUCGGACCGUAAGUCUGUUUCUGGUUGUGUUCUUGUAACGGGGUGA